UGCUGUCGUGUGCUGUCGGCCCUCACAGCCAGCCAUAACCUCGUAAUCCGUCAAACCAAUGUAUCCACAAAAUUACAUAAACAAAACUGCUACAAAUUCCCAUAAAAAUCCGCGAAUAAUCGAAAACUAAUAAUAACAACCCUUGAAAAAUGUUUGGAUUAUCAUUGAGGCGUCAGACCUGCAGGCUUCCUCAAAUAAUCAGGAGAUUCCACGAUCUGCCACCGAGUUUUCGUGAACGUUGGGCAGACAUGGAUGAUGAAGAAAAGGCGAGAGUGAAUAAAAGUAGGAAGUUGAAGCGUUGGGGACCCCAGCUGAAACCGGAAGAACACUUUCUACAAGCGUUCAACAUAGAUGUCAACAGACACGGUAUCUUUCAGAAAAAAGGCAGCAUCAAAUUGACGGACUGGAUAGCCUGGUGGAGGAGGAAGCAACAGGACUACCUGAAGUGGAGCCAGAGGUACAUUCCAGAGCGUCAAGAAAUCCUGGGGAAUGACUUGGCUCUUGCUCACUUCAUCCUUCACAGGCAGGGGAAAAUCAGGAGGAAGGGGUGCAAAGAGUACAUGGUUGCUGACGAUAUAGUGGACCUGCCAAGUAAGUAUGAGCCCACCUGGUUCCUGGAGGAGAUUGAUGCUAGUGGAACGGAACUGUGUUACGAGGGUCUCGACAAUUUUGCUGACAUCCCGAAACUGAAAAUAGCGGCUUUCAGGAACUGUCAGUACUUUGACGAGUGGUGCUUGGAGAGACUUGUGUGUCUCUGCCCGAAACUUGAGGUUCUAGAUAUCUCUGACAAUGAGAACAUCACUGAGAGGGGAUUGGAGGGCCUUUACAGAGCCUGGAAUCUCAAAAAACUUAUUGUCACGAACUGGGGGCAUGGGGCAGCAUUCGAACUGACUUGCUUGAUGUUGGAAGAGGCUCUACCCCAAUUGCAGGUGGAAAUUAAAAAAGCUAGUGCUGAAGGAGCAGUUUCAGAUGAAAAUUCAGGUGCUACUGCAGAGUCUACUGUUGUAAAAGAGGAGCAAGCUGUUAAACAGUGAUUUUUUUCUUCGGAGAUUGUUCACCUCGUCGUGGUACAGCCAAAGGGGCGUCAGUGGUGUGUGCAAGCAUAGUUGUUACGCCCCUUAGGCUCUACGAUGAUGACUUGUUCGAUUCAGGAAAUUUCAGUCAGUAUAAUAGUGUUCAAUGUAAGGGACACUCUCACUAAUGGAUGUAUUCGGAUUUUGCGUAGCUUCUUCGUGUAAAUAUCGUACUGAAGGUCGAGUGAGAAUAGGAGAAUCAUGAAUAAAUUUAUUACUCCAGA